AUGGGACUGCAACUAUGGGGCGCCUUCACGCCCGAACAACGUCGCAACAUCGGCAUUUAUACCUGUGGCAUUAUGUGUUAUAAGGUAGCGCUAGAACUGUUUGCAGGAAGCUUUAUCACCCAGGCUAAUGAGCGUUUUGGUGCUCGUCGUUUCGAGAAGAUCGCCAUCUUGACCGGUACCAACUACGCCGCCCAGUGCAUCGGCUCCAUCAUUGUCGCUCCCUUGAUCAAGCGUUUCCCUACUCGUACGGUACUCGCUACUGCCGUUCUUACUUUUGGUAUCAUCGCUACUGUUCCUCUCAUUGCCGACGCUGCCACGGGCGGUGUGCUCAAGUACAAGACCGCUAACAACAAGACCAAGUACGGUAGCUGGAGCCCGAAUGGUCUCUUCCCUAUCUACGUCAUCUCGGGUAUCUCUUACGGCACUGUCGAGCUGAUCCGCCGUGUGAUUCCUCGUGACAUUGUUGGUGGUGAUGUCGACCGUCUGCGAAAGAUGGACGCUUUCGUCCACGUCAUGUACGAGGUUGCCGGUACCACUGGUGCCUUCACCUCGACCUCGCUCAUCGGCAAGUUUGGCUACAACUACUCUGCUUUCCUCUCUCCCGUCCUCUUCACCCUCGCCGCCGCCGUAUGGAUCUGGAUCUCCUCGCUCGGUGAGAGCCAGCGCAAUGAGGAGGAGUCUCGCCUUGCCCGCGUCGAGGUUGAGACCCGUGGUAUCGUCAUGUCGAUGGUCGACGGUGUUCGCGCCUUCAUCAAGGCCUUCUGGUACGGAGGUUACCUCAUCUUCACCGACCGCCGAUUCAUCUGGCUCGUUCCCGGAUAUGCCUUUGCCCUUUACGGUCACCGAUACCUCGAGAACGGUCUUGCUCCCAUCUACGCCCGUGCCAUCAUUGGUGUUUCGUCCUAUUCGCAGAUCAUCGUCGGCGGUUCCAACUUUGGUGAACUGCUCGGUGCCCUCUCGGUCAUGAUCUUCACCCAGGCCAUCCCCACCCCCAUGCCCUGGUUGCGUCUGGAUGCUCUGUUGCUCAACCUCGUCUGGGUGAUGCCUUUCUUCCCCUACACCCGUGGUAAUGUCGGAUCCGCCUGGAAGCUCGCCGCCGUCUUCAUCCCCGUCUCGUACGGUUGGGCUGCUGGUGACGUGUCGCUCGCUGCUUACAUCCAGUCGACGCUCGCCAGGAUGGAGGCCAAGGACAAGGACGUCUCGGCUCUCGGUUCCGUAAUGGCUUUCCUCUAUGUUACCUACAUUGUCAUGUACUCGCUCAUCUCGACCUUCCUUGGUCGAUGGAUCGACCGUCAACUGCGUGGUCUUUCUGGUGUUGCUGCCAUCAACCGUGCGCGCGACUGCCUCAAGUACGUUGGUGGUGUUCACUUCACCGUCCUCUCCAUAGUCAUAAUCGCCGCCACCUUCAUCCCCAAGGGCUCGUUCUCGUUCAACCCCAAGGCGAUCGACACGAGUCUGCUGCAGUCGGACGAGGAGUCGGAUCGAUGUUCGCAGGACGACAUCAAGGAGGCCAAGUAUCAGGAGCGCGACUCGUUCGCUCCUCAGGACAUCCAGGGCGAUGCCGUGGGUGCUCUAGCCCAGAACCCCGCUGCUCGUGUUCCUACCAGGCAAUAA